GGCCACCCAUUUCAAUCGCCGUCGAUUGCGGAGAGUCAGAAUGGACCCUUGAAGGCUUCAUCUCGAACCCCCUUGAUCCCCUCCUUUCUUCCAGUUGCUCUUCUUCCUCUCCCUCGGACCCGUCCCUGCCCCUCCUGUCACCUCGUUGAGGUCCCGCACUAACUGCUUAUCAAUCGGACCCAGUUCGCCGCGGCUGACUGCAACACACUACUAACCAGUAACCACCAUGACAGACAACGCCGAGCUCGAGUCUUUUCGACGCCAGUGGCGUGAGGAGGUUGCGCGCCGCACGAGGCCAUCUAGGCCGGAGCCGGCUCAGCCAAGGCCCUCGAGGUCCUCCGCUGGCCCGUCGAGCCAUUUCCCUCCGGCCCGCCACGAGGCAUUGGACCGUAAGGAGGAAGAGGAAGACGAGGACGAAGGAGGAGCGCCAUCGGCGAAUCAUGGCGAGAUUAUCCAUGGGGUCGGACAUUUGAGCCUGGGACCCUCUGAUGAGGAUGCCUUUCACUCGCGUGCGCCUCGAAAUGAGCCCAAGUCGGCGUUGGAGCACUUCGAAAGAGCGGUUGAGAAGGAGGCGGAGGGGAAUCUGGGGGACAGUCUGCAGCUCUACCGCAAAGCGUAUCGGCUAGACUCCGCGGUCGAUAAAACAUAUCGGGACAAGCAUUUCGCGUGGGCAUGGAAGAAGCCCGCGCAGGCACCUGCCCCUAGCGCUGGCGCUUCUGUGACAGGCCAGCAGCCUACUGAUGAACCUACGAUCCUGCCGACGCCGGAACUUAUCGCUUCUUUCGCCCAUCUCCCUAUUUCCCCAGCCGAGCCGAUCAUCGAGAACACCCCCCCUCCGCCGUGCCCCAUCGCGAACGUCCCGUCAGAGGUUCUGGCUGAGAUUCUCAGCCAUGUCGCUUUGAUCGACCCGGCUUCAUUUUGUCGGAUGGCCCUGGUUUGCAAGCGCCUGGCAUAUCAUUUCGCCCAUGAACAACGCAUCUGGAAACGACUUUGUCAGGGCUCCGAGUUUGGGUUCAAGGCCAUGCAAUAUUCGUUCGCUUGCGAUAUCCACGGUUUGCCGGAAUACACCUUGGGGCCCCGCUACACGCCUUUCCCCCAGUCGAUGCCCGUGCAGGUCCCGGAGCCUUUGUCCUCAUGGGGCGAAGUGUUCCAGAUGUUCCCUCGCAUCCGUUUCACCGGCAUCUACAUCAGUACGGUGAACUACACCCGUCCCGGUGCCUCCUCAGCAUACCAGAACGUCUCCUGGAACAGCCCCAUCCACAUCGUGACAUACUACCGCUACCUGCGCUUCUACCCGGACGGGACAGUAAUUUACCUACUCAGCACAGUAGAACCACUAGUAGUGGUUCCCUACAUCAGCCGAGAAAACAUCAAGGCCGCGCGAGCAACAUCUCAGAAACAACACCACCGCCAGGCCGCCGAUGCCAACUCCGCCUCCUCCGACACAGUCCCUCCCGUCGCGAUGGGCGCACUGAAGCACGCCCAUCGCGGUCGCUGGCGCCUCGCCAAACCGACCCCGGAAUCCGACUCGUCCGACGAGGUCCCGCCCAGCCACCCCCUCUCCGAAUACGACUCCUUACCUGCGAAGGCCCAAACCACGGCGGCGCCCGACCCCCGUGAUCUGAUCAUCGAAACCGAGGGCGUCGGCCCGAAGUACAUGUACCUCCUGCAGCUCUCCCUCCGGUCAGUCUCCACGUCCAAGCCCACUAACCCUAACAUGACGCCGUCCAACCCGUCCAAGAACACGAAGCUGGUGUGGAAGGGCUACUGGAGCUACAACAAGCUCACGGACGACUGGGCGGAGUUUGGCCUCAAGAAUGACCGCGCGUUUGUCUUCCGACGGGUCCGUGGGUGGGGGAUGCCUUGAGGUAGAUUAUUAUAUUGGCUAGUAACUGAGUUCAGAAGCUGUAGGAUGGUAGAGUGCUUGUAUGGACGAUAUAAUCACGCAAUAGAUAUGAG